UUGUAUGUAAUGUGUACUAUGUAACAUCUUGACUGAAUACACCUUAGCGUGUAUUCAGUCAUCAUCAAUAAUCAUUAACGCGAGCAAACGGCCGCGUAAGCGUAUGCGCAGGAUCGCACGCAACACUGCUGUCAAUCAUAUAAAUAUCAAUAAACAGAGCCGUUUGGUUCUCUUCAUCUUUGUACAUCAACCGAUCAACAAGUGUUAUCUUUAUCUCCAGAAAUCUCCCCCUAAAAGUUGUUAUACAAAAAGUGUAUUAAUUUAAAGAAUCGGCCUGCUGUAGUUCCUCCCGUGAGCUGUUUUAAAAUAAAGUUAAUUAUUGGUUCCGGAUCACCGGAUGCAAAAGUGGCGACGAGGAAAACUGGUGCGGCGGAGCAUUUUUCGGCGUACUCGGACGGCUACACGGAGCAACAUCACCCUAUCAUCCAGGAUCAGUGCGGCGGCGGCGGCGCUGAUAGGAAGUAAUUACGGUGAGAACGACACGGUGCACAGCAUAAAUCCCGAGUGCCUUUUCUUCUAUUUCGGAGGAUAAAUUCACAGCGGGUGGCCAUCCGGUUGUUUCCGGGUGCUGCUGGUUCCUUCCCGCUGGGUGGUGGUCGGAUCGUUUCUUCCCGCCGGGUGGCGAUUGGUGCCUGAUUUGUGGACAUCGUGGUAAGAUUCACAUCGAUCGGGUGAGUAACGAGCAAUUUUAGUUCGAUUUGAUUUUGAAGAUUUUUGCAAUCAUAUUGAUUGUGUGAAACUGUUGUAGGAAUUUUGACGUAGGACUACGCUAGACAAAUUUUGAUUGUUUUGAAAACUUUUUAACAUUUUUAAACUUUAUUGAUUGCAAUUAGUGUUGUGAACCUGUGAAAGUGUUUUAAAGACUAAACUAAUGCUUUUUGCUGACUUUUGGCAAAUAUGUCGUAUGUGUUGAAUCCUAAUAUUGAACCUUUCCGCAAAGGUCAAUCUUUUUCAACUUGGAUUAAACGAUUAGGAUAUCAUUUUCGAGUCAACAAGGUCAAUGACGAUCAAAAGAAGGAUCAAAUGUUUCUGUUAGGUGGAGAUUACCUUUUUAGUAUGGCGGACAAAUUGUAUCCGACCGAAGAAAUGUUAGACGGAGUGUCUUAUGAAAUUUUAGUGCAAAAGCUCAAAGAAAAAGUUGACAAAACUGAUUCAAUUCUACUACAAAGGCAUCAUUUUAGUAUGAAAGUGCAACAGCAUGGGGAAACUGCAAGUAAUUUUAUCUUUUCGCUUAAAGCUUUGGCGGAAUAUUGUGAAUUUGGUGACCAAAAGAAUCGCCUUAUAGUUGAUCGCAUUCUUGUUGGUUUAACUGAUAAUUCUCUUAGGCAUAGACUUUUAACUGAAGAUAGCUCAAAAUUGACUUUAGCACAAGUUGAAAACAUUAUCGCUUCAUGGAAAAUGGCGAAUAUUCAUACAAAAGUUUUGAAGAACAAUGACAAUUAUGACUUAGUGGCUUCAAUUUAUAACAGAUAUGCUUCUUCUAAUGGAAGACAAUUUGCUGAACGAAAAGUAAGAACAAGUCCCAAAGGUUUUCGUGGUUCAAUGAAUAGUCGUUUUGGUUUUCAAUCUGCGGAAGAUCGUUAUAACGUAACUAGGUCAAGAUUUCAGCAUCCUAGGCAUCGACAUCCACCAGCUGGUACAAUCCAUAGGCGCAGAAGAAUGGACGACACACGAUGGGCAAUGGAACAACCAAUCUGUGAUUACUGCGGACGAAGAGGACACCAGCGAAGACAGUGCUACAUACUGAGGGACAAUUUGAGCGAUGAAGAAGUCAGCUACAUUCCUGAGGCGGUUACCGAUGACACAAAUGGACUGUCCGAGGAAGUUGAUAGGCUAAUGACCAUCGAUUGUGGUUCGGACGGUAGUGAUUCAGGAGAACUAGAGUGUAUGCAUGUUUCUUCCAUUGAAAAAAGUGAUCCCUGUCUAUUGAAUAUCUCUAUUGAAGACAAUCCUGUACAAAUGGAGGUUGACAGUGGUUCCUCAGUUACAGUGAUGGACAAAAAUUCAUUUAAUUCUAAAUUUGACAUUCCUUUAUCAAAAAGCCUAAAACAACUUGUAGUGGUCAAUGGUUCCAGAUUAAAGGUGUCUGGAGAAGUGGAAGUUAAAGUUGAACAUAAUGACAAAAUAGCAAAUUUACAUCUUUUAGUGAUUGAUUGUGAUUACCAGUUCAUUCCUUUACUGGGUAGACCAUGGUUGGAUGAAUUUUGUCCCAACUGGAGAAAUUUUUUUGGUGAUUUGAUGCCAGUGAACAAUAUUUUGAAAAAUCAAAGCAAAACACUAGUUGCUGAUACAAAUUCAAACUUUAAGGACAUAGUUGUCAAGAAUUCGACUAAAACUGUAAAACAUUUUGAAUCCGACUUGAUUUUAAUUCGUGAAGUACCCAUUUUUGAACAGUUUUAUGACGUUCCCUUUUAUUUUCGGGAGAUUAUUUUCAAAUGUGAUAAUAGGUUAAAUACAGAGAAGUCAAUUAUUACUAUUGAAACAAAACCUCAAGCAACUGCUAAUAUUUUGGACAAAGUUAAACAACCGUGCAUUUCAACGCUUGAUUUGUUGAAUGCAGUGCAAGCCUUAAACAACAGUGCUGCCUUAAUGGGUAAUGCUGAUGUUUGCUUACGAUUUCGAUCAAUAGUGUCCUUGCCUACGAAAUAUGAUCGAGAACUGCAAAAAAUCUUUAUGUUUGAGAACAACUUACCGGUUAGCUUUCUGGAUAUUGCAAAUCAGACAAAGCGUUAUACAUUUUUAUCAAAGCUUUCAAACUUUUUACACCAUGGUUGGUACGCUGACAUUGAACAGUUUGUGGUUGCUUGUGGACUUUGUGCAACUGUGGCAAUACUACCAAAACUAAACAUUAGGACAAAAAGCAAACCUGCCGAGACACCAUUUAGUAAGAAACACACAAUUCAUUUUCGUUUCAAGCACAAUGCCUUCUUAUUGUUGGUGAACAGUUUCUCUAAAUGGGUGGAGGUAAAUAGUAUGAGGAAAAUUUUAUUAAAACUUGCUGAUUGUUUUGGAUUGCCAGACUUAUUGUCGGACAAAGGUCUCUCGUUUAACACGCUAUCAAAAUUCAUAACUAAGGAAAUACAAAGCAUUAAUGUAACUAACAAACAUUACAAUCCUGCUGAUACUGGCCAGGAAAAGCUGCGACCUAUGACAUUUUACUUCAAGCAAGAAAUUGUUAAGUUGUGUGUGAGAGACCGGAUAACUUUGAAAAUUUUGACGUUGAAGGUUGAAUUUCCUUCUGAAAAUGUACUUGGCUGUUUAGUAUUGAUGGUUACCAACAUGGUUAACCAAAACAGAAAUUAUCAGCUAAUGCUGAUACUACUGUUUCUACUGUUUUUGAAAGCAAAUCAAUACUACACUGACGACAUUACAUUUAUGGUGUGGAGUAAGCAAAACAUUCCACAUCUACAAGAACAAUGGGUAAUUUUUUGUUUCUCAAUGCGGAUUUCUGAAAACUUAUUACAGAUCCUGGUAGAUACCAAAACGAGAUCAACCGCUCAUUCUACUCGAAUUCGGAUCGUUGAAGAUGGACGAGAACCAGAGCUGUCAACACGGUCGAUACGAGUGGUCGAGACUGGUCGGUCAAUGCCGGCUAUCGCUGAACCUGAUAGCGGAACCGUGGACGGAGAUGAUAUCCGGCAAAUACCGGAUCAGAGUGAUAUUGAAGGAAGAAGAAAAAGUUAUAUAUUAAUAGAGCAUAGAAACGUGAAAAGAAAAGCCCAGUCGGAAUCGGUAGUGCUUACUGGCCUACCCCGGCGUUCGAGAAGAACUAGGAAAACUAUGAGACAAAAAGUUCGAAUAUUUUUAUGUUUUUUAUUGAAUUAUUGUUCAAGCUUUUGUAAGAGGGAAGAGCUAAUGUGUACUAUGUAACAUCUUGACUGAAUACACCUUAGCGUGUAUUCAGUCAUCAUCAAUAAUCAUUAACGCGAGCAAACGGCCGCGUAAGCGUAUGCGCAGGAUCGCACGCAACACUGCUGUCAAUCAUAUAAAUAUCAAUAAACAGAGCCGUUUGGUUCUCUUCAACUUUGUACAUCAACCGAUCAACAAGUGUUAUCUUUAUCUCCAGAAAUCUCCCCCUAAAAGUUGUUAUACAAAAAGUGUAUUAAUUUAAAGAAUCGGCCUGCUGUAGUUCCUCCCGUGAGCUGUUUUAAAAUAAAGUUAAUUAUUGGUUCCGGAUCACCGGAUUCA